GAGAGAGAGAGGGUGAGAGAAAAAGGUAGAUCUCUUCUUGUUCUUCUUCUUCUUCUCUCGCUUCAUCCGGGGAUCGCAGCUCCAUGGAGACGCAGUGAGUCUGUGCGGCGGAGCCCAGAAACCAAAGUAAAGUAAACGGGGGAGGGUCGGCCACGGGAGGGGGGGUCUCUCUGAGCGAGUCACAAUGCGUCUUUCACGGUGUUGAGCGGUCGCGGUGAACGAUGAGCCAACUUCGCCGGUCGCCUCUCAGCGGACUGAGCCACUCUUGAGCCCCCACGAAAAACAACGAGUCCUUCCCGGCGGCGGAGGGAGAGAGAGCGAGCAUGAAGAAGCCGAGCGCCGCGCUCCCUGCUGUCGGCUUGACUGGGAAAUGGUAGCGUACUGUGGGGACCGCACUGGGAAGGAACAUGGUCGAGAGGAGCAGCAAAUUCUUGUUGAUCGUCGUCGGAUCCGUGUGUUUCAUGCUGAUUCUCUAUCAGUACGUGGCCCCCGGGGUGAUCAAUUUCGGCUCCCCGCACGGUUAUUUCACGGAGGAGGACGAGGGGGACAUAUUCCCCACUCCGGACCCCCACUACGUUAAGAAAUACUACUUCCCCGUCAGGGACCUGGAGAGGACGAUUGACUUCCAAAUCAAAGGCGAGGACGUGAUCGUGUUUUUGCACAUCCAGAAGACCGGGGGGACUACGUUCGGCCGGCACCUGGUUCAGAAUGUCCGCCUGGAGGUCCCAUGCGACUGCAGACCGGGCCAGAAGAAGUGUACCUGCUACCGGCCGAACCGCAAGGAGACCUGGCUCUUCUCCCGGUUCUCCACCGGCUGGAGCUGCGGCUUGCACGCCGACUGGACCGAGCUCACCAACUGUGUGCCGGGGGUCCUCAACAAGAAGGAGAACAAGCAGAAAAACCUGAGGAAGUUCUACUACAUCACUCUGCUGAGGGACCCUGUGUCUCGAUACCUCAGCGAGUGGAGGCACGUGCAGCGGGGCGCAACGUGGAAAACCUCCCUCCACAUGUGUGAUGGACGGACCCCGACACCCGAGGAGCUGCCCUCCUGCUACGAGGGCUCCGACUGGUCGGGGUGCACCCUGCAGCAGUUCAUGGACUGUCCGUACAACCUGGCUAACAACAGACAGGUUCGUAUGCUUGCAGACCUGAGCCUCGUCGGCUGCUACAACAUGUCCACAGUUCCAGAGAAGAAGAGGGCUCAGCUUCUCCUGGAGUCGGCCAAGAAGAACCUGAGAGACAUGGCCUUCUUCGGUCUGACAGAGUACCAGAGGAAAACCCAGUUCCUGUUUGAACGGACCUUCAGGUUGCGCUUCAUCAGGCCCUUCAUGCAAUACAACAGCACCAGGGCAGCAGGGGUGGACCUGGAUAAUACUACGGUCCAGCGCAUAGAGGAGUUGAACGAGCUGGACAUGGAGCUGUACGACUACGCCAAGGACCUGUUCCAGCAACGCUACCAGUACACCCGGCAGCAGGAGCGGCGGCAGCAGCGCCUCAAGCUCCACAUGCAGCAGAGCCAUCAGGGCCUGGGUCUGGGUGUCAGCCUGUGGCCCUCCCACAGCCGACAGAGCUCGGUGUCGACACUGGAGGAUGGGGAGCGGGAGGAGGGCGAGGAGGGAGGGAGAACGGAGGAGGCGGGCAGCAGGCUCCCCACUGAGGACUACAUGAACCAGAUCAUCAACCGCUGGUAGCAGCAGAAUGAGAGCAAACACACAGACAUGCAUAUGUAAUGUGAAAUGCAUACACAUAAACACAUAUACAUACACAUAGACAUACACAGGAAGUGGCGCCUGCAUCAUAGACCCAAAUGAAUGACAAAGACUUUACCGGAGAGUUGGGCUGCGGGGAUGAGAGUCCAAGUGGUUGCUAUGGAGACCAGGGCUUGGUCGAUUGCAUCAGCUCAUGUUACUGAGGCUUGCCCAGUUUUUAUUAGCACCUGCUUAGAUUGUCUCCCCCCUCUGAGUUUCUCUGUCUCUCUCAUCAUUAUGACUGAGCAGAGAAGAGAUAUUUUUAAGAGUUGCUGACAACCGAGUAUCUCAUCCAUCACUCCAGCUUCCUCCUCCUCCCACCGUGCCCCCUCUCGUUCUCUGUGGCCUGAUAAUGGAGCAUGAGAAAGUCCAAAUUUUAAGUCUGUGAAUUCCCACUAAUCCUCGCUAAGGACCGGUCUACUUCCUGGAUGCUCCAGUUUCAAAGGAAGCCGCGGAAAGCUAUGAAAGCACGAGUAGCUGAGCUGAACAUUGCAAAUGGUGGGAAUACAUGAGAGACUGUACCGAAAAGAGAAGAAGUUGGACUGAGUUGUGUAAUAAAAAAGCUUUUCUGCUUAAAAUAAUCUGCCAUUUCACCCAUGAACGGUCAUGAAAUAGUGACUGUCUCAUUCUCGGAUGACUUCAUUUGUAUUUUACCUUUUUGUGUUUUUUUUUUGUUUUGCUUUUUUAAAAGCAGAAUUGUAAUAACACUGAGACCAAUAUUGCUGCCUAAAAGAAAAGUGAUUCCUUUAUUUCUUUAUUUUUGUUUUUGUAAGUCAAAGAUAAUGGAUCGGAUUGACGUACAAAUGGACCAUAGCCAUUACUGAAGCCUUGUAUCUUGGGGGCAAAAAGACAAAAAGUGGCCUGUUUCUCUGUUAAAGCUUCCCAAAGCUCCUGUCGCUUAACAAGUUCAUUAUUUCUCCUUUUCUCCUUUUUUUUUUUUUCUGCGUCUCAGUGCUGCACAGAAUGACAGCCAAUUACAGACCCCAAUCUCACAUAUAGGUGCGAAGAAAUCAAAGGGAGGGAGAGGAGACGGCCUGCUGCAGGUUGUUGCCAGGAACCGUGCUGUGUGAGCGGCAAAUGCUUUUGGAAGCCUUAACUCAGACAAACGCUGGAGAUGGGAGUUGCGGAACCACUGGUCACCAUGGCAAUGUGAGCCCUUAAUGCAGUGGGUGGCAUUUUCACUUUCUCUCUUCUUCUUUUUUCUUUUUCUUUUUUCCUGUGUCCAAGAGCUAUGUAGUGAAAGCGGCAGUCUUGAACACAAGCCUCCAUCCCACCUGCUGAAAGGGAACGCACGGCGCUGGUGACCCGUAGUUCAUUAGCGUGACCGGUAUUUCAGCUGGAUUUAGCCUGAAGAAUGCACAGGGCGAGGUAGCAGUGCCUCUAUGUACUGGGAUCAUAGUAGACAUAAUCAUUGUCAGAUAUUGUAUCUGCAUUAUACUACAGUAAUUUCUCUGACUACUUGUGCGUGUGUGUGUGUUUGUUUGUUUGUGUGUGUGUGUGUGUGUGUGUAAAUAGUAUGUACAGUAUGCCUUUGAUUGGCGUAUGUGUAUGCCUUUGUAAAUAGGGUGCCUGACAGUGAGAGGAUGUCCAAUGAGUUUUGUGAAUGACUGGUUUCCUGACCAAUUAUUUCGCCAUUUUUUUUUGCAACCAACUGCGUGUGACAGCGAUGCAAGCCAGUAAUACUCCCCUCUACCCUUUCCUCAGCUGUUUUCUUUCCCCCUCUUUUUUAUUGUCUCCUCACCAUCACUUGGAUACCUAUAUUUUUUUUACUUUGAAUAGCUUAAAAUCUUAAAUCUAUUUCAACAAAUCAACUUGUCACAUGAAAAUGCAGGGUUGGGUCACGACAACUCUGUAACCAAUUUGUUUUUUCAGUGUCCAUGUGUCAUUAUACGAUUCGCUUUCCCUACACAAAGACGGGAAGUCAAAUUAUUCAGAGUGUUCAGGUCCCAGGUUGUACGAUAAAUAAUAUUUUCAUAAUGGCUAAGAUUAAACUUUGCGUCUGCAAACCAGCAUCUGCACUCUGCCAAAUAUGGUUUGUUAGUGAACAGGAACAUCGCUUUGUAAACGCCACUUUACAUCUGCGAGGGGACUCUGAGGUCAUCAACAAGUCCAAUAGAGUGUCAACACCCCUCUACAGAUAUAAUCGGUGCAUUUAGCUGAACGCAUCCUGUUUGGUUGAGGAGGAUCUCUGUAGUCUCUGUUUCCGCUGCCUCAGCGAACAAAAGGUGGAUACAACUUAAUUUACAAAUAUAAUCUCCAAGCCCAGUUAGAUUUGACACUGGAUUCUGAUUUGCUAAAAUGCUAUCAACCCCCCAACACAUAGAAUCUGAGCAAUAAGAGAAAAAAUGAAGGAGAAGGGUUUUCAAAAGUGUGAAACGCUAGAUACCCUGUCAUCCGUGGGGCAAUUUGAGGAUGCAUGCAGGCAAACUGCUUCCUUGGUGUCGCCAUAAAUAACAUGUUGCAUCCUGUUGUUAACAAUAGUGUUUUUUUUAUAUAAAAAAGGAGGAAAAACUAACAUUUUAACCAUUUACCAUUGCCCUCGUUACAUUUCAGCGAAUCACCCAGAUGCUCUUGUUUUUGAUUUAACGGGGAUGACUUAUGAAAGGAAGAGAAGAAUAAAAGUGGGGAUGAUGAAAGGUAUUGGGACGCAUCCAGAGUCAAUAUGCUGCUUUUUGUGUAACCUUCAAAGUAAUACAAUAGGGAUGGAGAGAAUGGAUAUGGAAAAAGAGAUUUUCCCCCAUUUUUUGUUUCACAUUAACUUCCUCCUGUCAUUGUAGUCUUGAAACUGGAGACUUGAAAAGCACUGCAGCUCCAGGCAUUCUGCCCACAACUUCUUCUUUCACAGUCAGACUCGUAUUAGACCACAUUUGAGCUCCAAACCAAUAAUCUGGCUCCUCAUUAGAGUCUAACCGCAAAAAAACCAACUGAUUCUUUAUCCUGAGUGUUUUAUAUUUUCACCGUUCCAGUUUCAAGCGACCAUGAGAUUUUAAAGCAAUCCUCAUAAAUACUCACCUGAAGAGAGUGAAAGGAAAAAAAAACUCCCUUUUGCUGAAAUUAUUCCAGAGAUUGAUGCUGUAAAGCUAUACUCAAAUAUUUUAUGUCUCAUCAUUAUGUAUAUCUGAUGUCUUAACAGCGUUUCGUCGUGACAAUGAAGCAACCCAGGUGUCACUAUCAUCAUCUUUUUUAUUUGUUAUUUUCUUUUUUUAAAUGUGUUAAAAGAGAGUGUGAUAGAGACUUUGUUUUUUAUUUUAUUUUUGGAUUGGUGUGCAGUCUGUCUCUGGCUCUUUCUGUAUGCAUAAUUCUGGGUUUGUUUUCUUAUGAUUGCAAAAAUGAAUCAUCAAGCCACCAAUUAAAAUAUUUCAUUUUUACAGCUCUGA